GAUCCUGGCUCCCCAAUAGUAAGAGGCAUCAAGUAAAGGAAUGAAGGAAGAAAAAGGAGGCUCUUCAGCUUGGAUACCAUAAUUUCUGGGGACAACUUUAACUGGAAACCUAGAUUUCUAACUCUAAGAACUUUAUGGUAGAUGCAGAGGACACAACAUACAUAGAAUCCAUGGAACUCAGUAUUUCCUGAGCACAGAAGAAAAUGAUGGGAGCCCAGGAAUUGCUGACACUGGAGGAUGUGGCUGUGGAGUUCAGCUGGGAGGAGUGGCAGCUCCUGGACCCUGCUCAGAAAGACCUGUAUCGGGAUGUGAUGUUGGAGACCUACAACAAUCUGGUUUCACUGGGGUAUCACACUGCCAAGCCCGAUGUUCUGUCCAAGUUGGAACGUGGAGAAGAACCACGAAGAGAGGAUGAAAUCGAUACAGGAAGCUGUCCAGGAAUCAGGAACGUUGACAGCUGUCUGCAGGAGCACUCUCACAACCAAAUAGUUCUGAAGAGCAUACAACAAUGCAAUGAAAGGAAUGCACUUAGAAAUGCUUUUCAUCUGAGCAGAACCAAUACAGCCAUAAUGCGUAAUCGUAUGUUGGAAUUAUGUAGGGAAGCUUUGAAAUCAAGUUUAACUAACCAGAAGCAAAGAUAUGAAGUAAAGAACCCCAUUGAGUUUAAUGGAGAUGAGAAAUCCUUUCUACCUGGUAAUCAUGAACAGUUGUACACUGGAACGGAAACCCCUAAAAGUGAAAAACACAUCAGCACUGAAUUACAAGUCUUGAAGCAUCAGGAGACUCAUAAAAUAGAGAAAUCCCAAGCAUGCAUCCAAGGCGAGAAAGCCUGCAUCAGCACAUCUCAGCUCAUUAACCCUGGGGGCAUUCACACAGGGGAGAAAAGCCAUGGGUGUGAUUCAUGGAAAUCCUCCAGAAACGUCAUUCUCACUCAACAUCAGAAAACUCAAACUCAGGACAAACUCUGUAUAACCAAUGAAUACAGAAAAGGCUCUCCUGUGAACACUGGUCUCACCAGACAUCAGCAAACCCGUUCCGGAGAUAAGUCCUAUAUAUGCAACGACUGUGGGAAAGGGUUUACCGUGAAGCGCUACCUGAUUGCACAUCAGCGAACACAUAGCGGAGAGAAGCCUUAUGUUUGCAACGAAUGUGGGAAAAGCUUCACUGUGAAGAGCAACCUAAUUGUGCAUCAGCGAACUCACACGGGGGAGAAACCCUACGUGUGCCGUGAGUGUGGGAAAGGCUUCACCAUGCAGCACUAUCUUGUUGUGCAUCAGCGAACACACACGGGAGAGAAACCCUACGUAUGUGAUGAAUGUGGAAGAGACUUCACUGUGAAGAGUAAUCUCAUUGUUCAUCAAAGAUCUCAUACAGGGGAAAAAUCUUACAUAUGCAGCGAGUGUGGCAAAGGCUUCACCGUGAAGCGCAAGCUCACUCUACACCAGCGAACUCACACAGGAGACAAACUGUACAUAUGUGAGGAGUGUGGGAAAGGCUUCACCACUAAGUGCACUCUCAUUAUACAUCAGCGAACUCACACAGGAGAGAAACCCUAUGCAUGCAACGCGUGUGGGAAGGCCUUCAGCCAGAAGAUUAGCCUCCGACAACAUGAGCGAUGUCAUACAGGGAAGACACCCUUUGUAUGUAGUGAGUGUGGAAAACAGUAUUCUCACAGAUACGGUCUCAUGACCCACCAGAGAAGUCACACGGGAGAGAAGCCUUAUGAGUGCAAGGCCUGUGGGAAAGCCUUCGCCACCAAGUCAGUCCUCAAUGUCCACCAAAGAACUCACACAGGAGAGAGACCCUACAAGUGCAGCCUUUGUGAGAGAGCCUUCUCCCAGUUGUCACACCUUGUGAAACAUCAGAAAACGCACACAAAAGCAUCCGAAAACGCACACGAGAGAAAUGGGUAGAUUCAUUCAAGUUGGAAGUUCCUUUCAUGGAGAGUCACAGGUCAUCACCUGUGAGUGAAGUCAUGCAGAACAACACACCUAUUAAUGCAGUUUCCGUGGAAUGCCUUCUGGGACAUGCAUUAAACAUCAGUGUUUCUAGCAGAUCAGAAUGCAAACACGGUAAUGCCUGUUGUCACACGUGUGCCCUGAGGGGAUGAAGGAAUUUACCCAGGAGAUUAACUUGGUGAAUUACAGUGACUAUGGUAAUGCCUUGAGUGAUCCUUACCUCACAUUUUCUGUCAGUGAAAACAUGUUGGAAAAACUCUGAUACGUCCAAUGUGAAGAUGCCCUUCCAGCUUCAUUAUAUGUCUCAGCAAAACGUUCUAGCUACAAUAUAUGUAUGAAAAGUGUAUAUUGAGACAAAUUCUGUGAAUACACAGAUGAGGAAAGCCUUCAGUGGGAAGACAGACUUUAUUAUCAGGGAUUGUCAUCAACCAUCAGUGUGUUCACCAGUUUGUAGAAAUAUGAAAAACAGACAAAACAAUAAAAAAAAAACAAAGAAAUGGGGUAACCAUGGGGAAGCCUCUACCCAGAAAGAAGACUUCAGUGAGAGUCAGAGUUCACACUGGAAACAAACCUUAAGAGAACUGCAUAUAUUUGACAAUUUCAUUGAUGCAUUCUAUCCCAUUGUUUGAAAAUCAUAUAGCAGUUAAGGCUUUAUGAACAUGCUAAAUUUAGAGCACUUUUAGUCAAAUGUCAGAGAACUUACAAAGGAAAGAAGUUCUAUGAAAAGGGAUAUGUUUGAGUGGGGUUUUUUGUGUGUUUUUUUUAAAAUAUAUUUUAUUGAUUUUUUACAGAGAGGAAGGGAGAGGGAUAGAGAGUUAGAAACAUCGAUGAGAGAGAAACAUCGAUCAGCUGCCUCCUGCACACCCCCCACUGGGGACGUGCCCGCAACAAGGUACAUGCCCUUGACCGGAAUCGAACCUGGGACCUUUCAGUCUGCAGGCCGACGCUCUAUCCACUGAGCCAAACCGGUUUCGGCUUUGUUUGUUUUUUAAAGACCAUAUUCAUAUUGCUACACCACUGGUGGUGGUGGUUUUUAUUUUGAAUCUGUACCAAUGGUUCUCAAACUUCAGCAUGCUCCGUUUCUUUUAACUAUAUUUUUCAUUGAUUUCAGAGAGGAAGGGACAGGGAGAGAGAGAUAGAAACAUCAGUGGUGAGAGAGAAUCAUUGAUUGGCUGCCUCCUGCACGCCCCCUACUGGGGAUCGAGCCCACAACCUGGGCAUGUGCCCUUGGCCAGAAUCGAACCUGGGACCCUUCAGACUGCAGGCGGACACUCUAUCCACUGAGCCAAACCAGCCUAAGGCUGGCCAAAUAUUUUAUAAAACCACCUUCAAAGUUAUUUUUAUAAAAUGUUUAAUUGGAAAUUAUUUUAACUUACAAGAAAUUGCAAAAUAGUUCAUAGACUUUCCUAGUAUUCUUUAUCCAGCUACUCCCAGUAAAAACAGCUGAUAAAACCAUUUUUUAUUGAAUCCAGAAAAAUGACAUUGGUAGUAUACUGUUAAUGAAACUCUUAACCUUAUUUGGGUUCUAUUAGAUUUUACAUGUAUUUUUUUAAAGUUUGUACUUCUAAGCUUUGUUACCUUAUAUAGAUCCACAUAACCACAACCACAAUGGAAAACUGCCUCAUCCACAGACUCCCCUGUGCUAACGUUUUUUAGGCUCAUAUCCUCUGUCUAACCUACCUCUGGCAAACACUCGACCUGUUUUCCAUCAGUUUAAUUUUGUCACUUCAUGAAUGUUAUAGAAAUCAUUUUUAUAAUUGGAUUUUAUACAUUUUAUAUAAAUCAAUUGUAUUUAUUUAUACAAAUUUAUGUUUUACUAAUAGGGACCAUGUAAGCAUUUCGUGUUUUUUGUCACUUGGCAAAUUGCUCUUAAUUAUUUGAGUUGAGAAUAGUUUUAUUAGUGAGUACGUACAUACCAGUUUGGAUAUACCAGUUGGUUUAACCAUUCAAACUCGUGAAAGAGAUUUGUAUUGUUUCCUGGUUUCAGCUGUUAUAAAUCAUAAUGAUGCUAUGAAA